AUGCGAACCUGUUCGCUGGUACCGAUAGCGCCGGUGGUGGAACAGGAGAGCCCUCCGUUACAGAAAUCCAUCCAACACGACCGUUUCACAACCCACUACCCACACUCCUUUAGACCGCUUGUCAUUAUCCGGUCGCCUCGCUACGCAUGGGGUGACCUUUGGCAAAGCGGUGGGGCACAUCACUCUUGGGAUAGGACAAUUGCCUGUGUCCUGACGGUGGAGUGGCUGAUCGAGGGCGUUGGCAUCGCGCGGACGCAUCCGGCCUCUAACAGUCUUCAACGUUUUACAUUAGCCUGA